AUGGAACUCAACCGAGAACAUUUUCGCGCCAUAAUUUAUUACAACCUUCAGAGACAAUUAUCGCAACAAGAAUGCCUUGCUGAGUUACUGUCAGUUUUCGGCAACGAAGCGCCACAUCAGUCGACAAUUUCCCGUUGGUAUGGAGAAUUCAAACGUGGACGGGUGGUCACCCAGGAAAACGUCGAUGCUGUGCGCAAACUCAUUAUUGAAGAUAGACAUGUGACAUAUCGCGAGAUUGAGGAGUCCUUGAAGAUCUCAAAGACCUCAAUUCAAAAAAUUUUACAUGAAGGAUUAGGAGUAAGAAAAUUAAUUUCUCGUUCGAUACCCCACCUGUUGACUGAAGAGCAGAAAGCAGCCAGGGUUAAUUGGUGUCAAAAAACGCUUGACCGUUUCAAUUCCGGAAACUCAAAAAAUGUGUACAGCAUUGCUAGUGGUGAUGAAUCGUGGAUUUACUGUUAUUUGGCUGUUUGGGUGUUCCAAGGUGAAGAAAAGCCAACAAAAGUCAUCCGUUCUCGAAGUGUUUCGAUAAAGGUGGUCGCGACAUUUGUGUCAAAAGCGGAUCAUAUUGCAACAAUUCCUCUUAACGAGGAAAGAACUGUUACUGCGGAUUGGUAUACCACCAUUUGUUUGCUAAAAUUCAUCACCGAGCUUCGAAAAAUGAACCCCGAAAGAAGAAUCAUCCUCCACGAAGACCAUGCAAGCUCGCACACAGCCCAAAAAACAAGGCAGUACUUAACGGAAGAAAACGUUGAAUUAUUGGACCAUCCUCCAUAUAGUUUCGAUCUAAGUCCUAACGAUUUCUUUACUUUCCCGAAAAUUAAAAACAGUCUGCGUGGAGAAGCAGUUGACGCAUUCAAAAAUGCCGUUUUGGAUCUGCCAGCAAAAGAGUGGAAUAAGUGCUUCGAAAAUUGGUUCGAGCGCAUGCAGAUGUGUAUUAGUCUUCGUGGAGAAUACUUCGAAAAACAAUAA